AGAUAGACCCAAUCAGUGAUGUGAGGCCUUCGCCAGCUGCUCCGAAGAAGUUUUAGUAAUCGCCAAGCUCUGAAGAAAACGACCACCGGAUGAUCUGCGGCGCCAAUAGUCGUCUCCGGCGAGGUUAACCACUCAUUUCCAAAACUGUAAUCAAAGAUCAGCCAGUCAUGGAUCGCUACGCAAAAUGGAAACAGAGAGAGCUCCUUCUUAUCCUCCUCUACGCCGUCGCUUUCUACGCCUAUGCCCUACGCAUCUCCCUUCGUCUCUCUCACGAUCAUUACUUGAAGCUCCGCGGUUUAGGUCCUGGCUGGCUCAUCCCUAAUCGACGCAAUGAUGUAUCAGAUGCUCAGUGGAGGAACUUCCGCGGGAACUUGCCGAUUCUCAGCUUCGUUUUCGCGGUUUUCACCGUGAUUGCUAACGGAUGUAGGUCUCUUUUCAAUUUGAAAGCCAGAGGAAUGGCCAUCUUGUGGCUUUCCUUGUCACUUGUAUACUUGACUUACUUACACGGAGCUUGCGUCAUUUUCAUUCUCUCCAUUGCAACGGCUAAUUUCCUUCUUGUUAAGGUUUUUGCACGGACAAAUUUCUUUCCUUUUAUGCUUUGGGCGUUCAACUUAUUCUUCCUCUUGUGCAAUCGUAUCUAUGAAGGCUAUUCCUUUUCCAUUUUCGGGCGGCAGUUUGAGUUCCUGGACAACUUUCGGGGCACGUUCAGAUGGCAUAUAUGCUUUAAUUUUGUCGUUCUGCGCAUGAUAAGUUUUGGAUAUGAUUAUCACUGGGGUCAACUGGAUUCUCAUUUUGAUCAGGAGAAACACGUAACACGUUGUUCGUUAUGUAAGUUGGGGAAGACUUGCUACGUAGUUCGACAGGAGAAAGGUCUAGCAAGUGACAGCAGCUGCAGUUUUGCUUUAUACCUUUGUUAUUUGGUCUAUGCCCCCUUGUACCUUGCGGGGCCAAUCAUAAGCUUUAAUGCCUUUGCUUCUCAGCUAGAUGUGCCACAGAAUACUCAUUCAGUGAAAGAUGUUGCACGAUAUGGAUUGCGUUGGUUAUUCAGCUUCUUGCUGAUGGAACUUAUGACACAAUUCUUCUAUUACAAUGCCUUUGUGAUCAGUGGUCUUUGGAGAGAAUUAUCUCCUGUGGAAAUAUUUAUCGUCGGAUACGGAGUGCUAAACUUCAUGUGGCUCAAGUUCCUUCUUUUAUGGAGAUAUUUCCGCUUCUGGUCUUUGGUGAAUGUCAUUGAAACUGUUGAGAACAUGCCGAAUUGCAUUAAUAAUUGCUAUAGCCUUGAAACAUUCUGGAAAACCUGGCAUGCAUCGUUUAAUAGGUGGCUUAUCAGGUAUAUGUAUAUUCCUCUCGGUGGAUCACGAAGAAAGUUUAUGAAUGUGUGGGUUGUAUUUACAUUUGUUGCCGUGUGGCAUGAUUUAGAAUGGAAGCUUCUUUCAUGGGCAUGGUUAACAUGUUUAUUCUUCAUGCCAGAAAUGUUACUGAAAUCAGCAUCCAAUGCAUUUAAGGUUCAGAGUGCUUUUGGAGAAUUCCUCCUUCGUGAACUCAAGGCGUUGUCUGGCGCUGUGACAAUCACAUGCCUCAUGAUGGCAAAUCUUGCUGGCUAUGUCAUUGGACCAUCAGGUCUAAGCCGGUUUGUCUCCAGCUUUCUUAGCAGAGAAGGAUUACCUGUUCUAGGCGCCGUGUUCUUUAGCUUUUACGUGGGUACAAAGCUGAUGUUCCACAUCCAGGACUUGAGAAGUGGGGUACAUAGCCCGAGGUAGCCGAAGCAAAGAGUUGUAGUUUUCAUUAUUGAUUGGUUAGGUACAAUCCCGUGUAAAAUUUUGGUUGGAGUAAGAAACUGUGUUUUUCCUUGAAAGAUGCAAAACGAAAUCAACUUUUGCAAAGGGGCUUUCUCUUUCCUGUUUAUGUAAUGCCAUUUAACUCCACAUUCAUCAAUCACAAGUAAUUUUCAAGA